UCCGCUUCUCGGCGGCCGCUUCCGGGCCCCCCGUUCCUUGGUAACAAUGGAGCAGAAAAUGGCCGCCUGAGCGGGGAGGGAGGCGGCGCUGCGGCUGUUUGGGGACAGACGGAGCGGGGCGAUCCAGGGCCGAGCCCGCGGAGCAGCGGGGAGAGCAGCGGACCGAGAGCUGGGGCAGGCGGCGGCAGACGGCGGCGCCGGGCGGUACUCUUCCACUCAUCAAGAUGGAAAGCUCAGACUCUAGUGACAAAGGAAACAUUGAUCAAUCAGAAGCACAACGUCAGAGUCAGCUAGAUAGGUUAGAUCGAGAGGAAGCUUUCUACCAGUUUGUAAACAACUUGAGUGAAGAGGACUACAGGCUUAUGAGAGAUAACAAUUUGCUAGGAACACCAGGUGAAAUUACUGAAGAAGAGUUGCUGAGAAGGCUACACCAAGUUAAAGAAGGUCCACCACAGCAAAACAAUGAUGAGAAUAGAGGUGCAGAGUCUGCAGAAGAUGUUUCAAAUGGAGAUUCUAUAAUAGACUGGCUUAAUUCAGUCCGACAAACUGGGAAUACGACACGAAGUGGGCAACGAGGAAACCAGUCUUGGAGAGCAGUGAGCCGGACUAACCCAAAUAGUGGUGACUUCAGAUUCAGUUUGGAAAUAAAUGUCAACCGUAACAAUGGGAACACAAAUCCAGAAACUGAGAACGAGCCACCUGUAGAACCUUCCAGCGGGGAGGAUUUGGAACACAGCCAAAGUGACUCUGAAAUUCCAAGGUCUGAAUCGCCAUCCAUAAGGCAGCCUGGGUCAGAAAGGAGCACUUCGGAGGAGCUAACAACUGAGGAAGCUUCCCCUCCUAGAGGGCAGAGGAGAGCGAGGAGCAGGAGUCCAGAACAGCGGAGGACGCGGGCUAGGACUGAUAGAAGUAGGUCACCUAUUAAUCCAGUGAGCGAGGCUCCUCGCAGGUCUCAUCACAAUACAUCAUCUCAAACACUUGACCACUCCUCGGUGAACGAAGCUGAGGGAAGCUCUAGAACUAGGCAGCACGUGACUUUAAGGCAGCACGCCGUGGGGACUGAGGCACCAAGCGAGAACGUGGUUCUGUUUUCAACCCCGGAAACAAGACCUGUUCCUCAAGCAGCAGGUUCUUCAGAAACCAACAGCACCAGUGAGUCUGCACCUCCUGGGCAGAGGCCUCCUACCAUAGUCCUUGAUCUUCAGGUGAGAAGAGUUCGUCCAGGAGAGUACCGGCAGAGGGACAGCAUAGCCAACAGAACUCGGUCCAGGUCUCAGACCCCCAACAACACCGUCACUUAUGAGAGCGAGCGGGGAGGGUUCAGGCGCACGUUUUCACGCUCAGAGCGGGCUGGAGUGAGAACUUAUGUCAGCACCAUUAGGAUUCCCAUCCGUAGGAUCUUGAACACAGGCUUGAGUGAGACCACAUCAGUUGCUAUUCAGACAAUGCUCAGGCAGAUAAUGACAGGCUUUGGAGAGCUGAGUUACUUCAUGUAUAGUGAUAGUGAUGCAGAUCCUAGUGGCCCAACUCCGAAUCAGAACGUGGAUGCUGCUGAGCCCCAGAAUGGAGGUGGUGGUACUUCAAACAAUGAAGGUACAGAUGUUAGCUCAGGGGAGGUGUAUGAAGGUGUUAAUGAAGGUGGUUCGACAUCUGGUGCCAGACGGGAAGGUCGGAAUACGAGGGGAUCGGUCACGUUUGAAGAAAGCGGUUCUCUACCAUUCCUUAGCCUAGCACAGUUUUUCCUACUAAACGAAGAUGACGAUGACCAACCAAGAGGACUCACCAAAGAACAAAUUGACAACCUAGCCAUGAGGAAUUUUGGUGAGAGCGAUGCUCUGAAAACCUGUAGUGUGUGUAUUACAGAGUACACGGAAGGCAACAAGCUCCGUAAAUUGCCUUGUUCCCACGAGUAUCACGUCCACUGCAUCGACCGCUGGUUAUCAGAAAAUUCCACUUGUCCCAUUUGUCGCAGAGCAGUCUUAGCUUCUGGUAACAGGGAGAGUGUUGUCUAAAUGAGAUCUGAAUUUAUGGCCAAGCAGCUGGUGUGAUAGUGAUGGGCAAAGAAGUCACUUCCUUUAUGGCCACUUUUUGAGUGGUACCUCAAUGUAUAGUAAUGACUCGGAGUGAAUCUUCCCUCAUGAAAGCAUUUUCUCUGAAUUCAAGCUUUUAAAAUUGGAACGUUUCUUUAAUUAGGGUUUUCAAGAUUGAGUCAGUUUGGGUGUUAAAUUUCACUUGUCCAAAGACAUCUACCCACUUCAAAUUAUUAAUUUUUUUUGGUGAAGAUUAUUAAGUUCUUAACCCCACACAGACCCUGCCAUCCCAGUCCAAUAAACAUUUUGUCCUCAAGAUUGUGCUUACGAGGAGUUCUCUGAGAAGUCAUCCCAGCUAAAUGUUUGUGAGUCACAGGAAUUUUUGCAAGAGAUCCAGCUCUCUGAAAAAACUAUACGAACUUAAUUGCACACUUGAACAUACUUUUAAUUUUCGUCCUGGGUUAAUAUUGGAUGUGUUGGUGUAAAUAACACUAAUGUUAGCCCUUUCCCCAUCACUAUGGCACGCUGUAGGAUGAGCUGUUAGCUUAAUUGGGAUAUUUAUCUUGUUGUGGAAAUAUAAAAAUUGCCUAUGCUUGUUUAAAUAAAUAAAAAAAACCCCAACAAUCUGUUUUAAAAUUGUAAAGCUUUUUUGUAGAAGCUCAGUACUUUUCCAAUGCACUGUUGUACUAACGCAUUAAGAAUUAAAAUUGUACCAUGCUUAGAAAUCAAGGAGGCUUUUCAUACAAAACCCACCACAUGGAGAGCAAAGUAAAGACAAGAGAGCUGCUUUUGUAACUGUGUACCUGUCAAGAGCAGUGCAUAUCUGUACUAUUUAUGUGAACAGCUACUGUAAUAUAAAAACAGUUGAAUUAGACAUCUUAAUUGCAUUAAAAAAAUGGAUAUGAAAUGUUCUAAUUGCUGUGUUUUGGCUCAGUAAUGCUACUAAAAAAGAUGAUUAAAAAUUAGAAGGGGUUCUAAGUGGCUGGUUGUUUCUCAGUAUGGUUCCUAAUAUCUGAUAAUACAAACCAGUAGGUACCAGUUCAUUCAGUGAGGUUUAUGCCUAAUUUUUCUCUUUUACUUUCAAUUUUGAGGCUACUCUGUGUAACUCUUCAGCAGACAAGGGUUGACAGGUUAUUUUCUUCCCCACCAGCUUCAGCUGUAUGAGUAACCUCUGAAUCUGUUGAGUGAAGAUGUUGAUACCAGUCUUGGUAGCCUGGCACUCAAGUGCCACAGAAAAAUAACUAUUAACUGGAAAACAGUAUUAGUGUGAGGUGAAAUUUGAGUAUUAUAAUCUAUUAUGGGAGUACACUUAAAUGUGUAACCAAUUCUAAGGAUAACAUUUUAAAACCCCAAUAAACUCCUUAUGCUCCUGUUGGACAGAUUAAAAUCAAUUGAACUGACUUUUAAAAUCAUGUGUGGCAGAUGGAGAAUUGGAGAAUGUACCUCAGCCCUUGUCAGUGUCAGGGGAAAACAUCCUUCACCCUCGGUGACCUGUUCUUUGUUUUAUGCUCUAAUGAUUGUUAUUUUUUCUAGUUCACAUGUGCAACAGGGAAAGCAAUAUUUAUUUCAACUCUAGGGCAGUAGUUGGGAAGGGAUAUGAACUGCUCUUGCUGGCUCUGUGGGAAACGUUUGUUCCUCAGAUGACAAAACCAAAGCUGACCUGUCUUUUUCCUAAUUAAACCAGAUUUUUUGUGUUUUAUAGUGGUGGUUGCAUAAACUAUAGUCUCAGCUCUAAGCCAUUUUAAUGUCUCAGCAGUUAGUUAAGGAUUCCACGAUGUCCUGAAAUCCCAGGUUUUUCCUAUGUGUGUGUUCUGUGGUGUUUGGUUCAGUGGGAAACCCUGAGGGGCUCUUGAGCUUGCUUUCCUCCCAGAGGGACACACCAUCGUGGCAGAGGGGACACAUGUGUUCUCUUUGAACAGAAGAAUGAAUAAGCUCAUGGUUUUGACUUUUCCCUCAGCCGUGCAUCGCUGUAGAUCUGCAGUUACCUGUUAAGUUCAGGUGCUGGACUCUAUGCCAAAAUUUCCUCAGCAAAAUAACACUUCUGAAUUUCUUCCAGGAGCAUGCACAUAGCAGAUACAUGCUACCAGCUGCUGUUUCCAGUAGCGUUACUGACUUACUGGGGUGUAGAAUUUGAAGGAAAACCCAAACCUCUCUGUGAAUACCAUGUUAGAUAUCAGAAGUCUGAUGUACAUCUCUGAGGACCACAAAGAAAGGAGCCCACUAGUGCUAAUGUGUGAAGCCCGGCUGUGAUAACAUGUGCUUCAACAUCACUUUCUUUUUAAUGCUCUGAGUUUCCAGUAACUCUUCAGGUUCAUAGAAUCAACUUUACAGUUUUGUUAUAGCUUAAUAGCAGCAUGCCUUAACAUUUUAUCUUUCUGUAACAAUAGCAACUAAUAAACUGUUGGCAGUUUCUCAAAUGGUACCAAGAACAAAUAAUUUUACCUCAGUUCAGGAGACCUUGAAUGUUCUCAGUGAUUUGUACACCUUUUCCAAGGCUGAGCUGGAGGUGCUGGAGGUUUGUUGCCUGACAUCUGGAGAAGCUGGCAGAAAUUAAAUUGCUGAUACAGCAAAGGCCUCUUUCUGUAGCUGAGUCAUCUGUCAGCCUCUGGUAAUUCAAUUUCUAUUCUUUUGAAGUUAGAUUGGAGUCGGGGAAAGCCAAUAUUAACACUUUGGUUGCUAACAAAGUAUGAAGGACUCUUAACAAGGUUGACAAUUAGCCUCAUGUGCAUAACCACAACAGGUUAUGAAUGGUUUUGGUGUUGAGCAUUUGUACUUCUUGCUGCCCUUAGUUUAUACUUUCUGGGUGUUACAGGGGGGAGUUCAGCUGCUGAACUCGGCUGUCUUGCCAUGGAAGGGGUUAAAAUGGCCGGUUUUGUCCUUGUCAGGGGUCUAAUGGUUCAGAAAUGGGCAGUUUGAAGGUGCAGAGCCGGCCUCGGUGCAUCUGCUGCCUGGGUCACAGUGCCACCGUGUGGGAGCCUCUCCCAGCCUUCCUGCAGCGCCAGGAGAAGGGCAUGGAGCAGCGUGCUUGCUUUUGCAGUAGAGGCCGUUGCUUUAUUUUCCUUUUGAAGGAGGUUCCCUGUUAGUGCCUCAGCAGUUAGCAGUGGUGGUUUCUGCCAAACUGCAAACCACCCAAACUCCUGCUGGGAGUAGCUGUUGUGUGAGCUGAGUUCCCUUCUGACGGGACAGACCUGGAUCUCCAGGACCUCCACACACAGCAAGGAGAGCAGUCACAAGGCCAAAUCCUGCAACACCCCCCCAGUAUUUUUUAUUUAUGAGUGUGCUUGAUGGUUUAUUGCAGGUUGUGAACUGAUACAGAUUUGUCAGGCCUUACUUUUUCUUUUUUUUUUUUUUUUUUUUAUUGGGGCUUAAUCUCUUAAAAGAGUGUGCCUGGAGUCUGUUAGAUUUCCCUUUCACGUGCACUUUUUUAUUUCUUUGAGCAAGCUGGGCUUUUUGCAGAGAACUUGUAGGCAGUUAAUUGAUUUGUUUCAAAAAUGAUUUGAUUAGUGUAGGUACUGCAUGCAUAGAAAUGGCUCAUUAGAAGUUUAAAGAGGCUUUGUGCUGAUGUGCAGGCACAGCAGUAGCACUGACAUGAUACGGACCCGUUUGGAAGGAGCCAUAAUUGUCCAUUGUGUCAACUUGCAAACGAAUGGAUUUCCCACCAGAGUUGGCACAAUGGGCCGCAGUAACUGUCAGUCUGGUUUCCUGUCACUCGUCUGGAUUAUGCAAAUGCAGAGAGGCCAGAGAACUGUCUCUCUGGUGUAUCUGCAGCCCGUGUUUAUCUUGAAUGGUUGCCUACACAAAGAGGAGGUUCCCAGUGGUCUCAUAAUAAUGAAGGUCUGACGUGAAGAUGAGACAAGAAAUAUAGUGAGGGCUGAGCGGUGGCUUUUGCUCCCAGCAGAGCGACGAGGGUGGUGUUGAAAUCUCCCAACGUGCUCCUCACCAUCACAGGGCAGUACAAAGCUUCCUCCUUCCCUGUACCUUGGGAUCCAUGUUGUUAACGUGUCCGUUUGUGUCGCUGCCCGACGCCUCCCGCUUCCCCACCGCUCCUGGCGCGGGGCUGGAGGCAGGGCCUGUAAGCAGAGGUACAGCCAUCCUUCCCAAAAUGUCUGCCUGCUCCUCUGCCUUCUCCCAGGAGGAGGUGCUCUGGAUGAGGGUUGGCUUGAAGCCACCUUAAGGGAAUUUAGAACAAAUUCAGGAAUAUUUCCAGCCCUCCAGUACACUGGGCUUUUUGUUUGCUUAUCCUUGACUGGGGAGGGAGGAAGGAGGGGGGGAGAAACAGAAGCAACGGUGACUUACCCAAAGUACCUAUGAGGUGUCUUGUGUUAAAAAAGAAGUUUGCAUCUGUUCUACCAGGGCUUCCCAACCUCUUCUUGAUGCUCUUCUUCCUUCUUCUGGGGAAACAUACCAUCAAGUUUGGUUUGGUUAUUUUUUCUAGUUUGGUUCCCUUAAGCUAAAAUACCUGAGGUCCCUUCCUGAAUUUCACUGUCUGCUAGUAAGGCCAUGGCUUGGGAAGCCCUGAAUUCAACCGAGAAUGUAACAGUUUUCUUUUGGUUUGGGGGUUUGGUUUUUGUUUGUUUUGUUUUGGGUUGGUUUUGGUUUUGUUUAUUUUUGUACAGUGCUUUACAUCUGUUUAUACUGGACUUGUUUAAUACAAAAUGGUACUCUGAGGUCAUGGGACAACAGUUUGACCAGAUUUGAUAGCUACCAAUUAGGAGGAGUUUGUUCCCUAUGUAAGAUGUCAUAAUGCAAAUUUAAAUAGACUCAAUAAAAUGCAUUAAGUGUUC